AUGUUAUCGUUACAACCGACCGGAAAUGUAAUUCAGGUUACCGACCAGGAUCCACUGAGUACUAUUCAACAACUCAUUCAAGAAGAGCUAAAGAUACCUGUAGAGCAUCAACUGCUGUUCAUGGAAGAUGAAUUUCAAAAAGAUGAUCAGCAGAUAUUUCCAAACUUAAAGUCAAAUCUUGCACACAUAGUUGAUGCUCGAGGUAGCAUUGCGCUACUCUGCAUUGAGCUUCCAAAUAAAACUCGUCAACCACUGUUGCUCGAUCGACCUUGGAUGGUCUCGAAUUUGAAUAAAGCGAUCGAACAAAGAUUUGGUUAUGCUAUACUAGCUCAACAAUUACAACUACAAAAUGGCGCACCUACAUAUAAUACCGGCCGACGGCCCAAGAAGAUUGGUCAGACAAUCUUUCGAAAUUUUUUCAAAACAGAAGAUACGCAAAAAUUGAGCCGUCAGACGCAAAUAGUUAAUGGGAGUACCAUCGCACUCUCAAUUAACACCUCAAACCUAUUUUUGAGAACAAUGUCAUCACCCAAUCAAACUUACGAUAUUUCAAUUUUACCAUCGAUGUCUGUUCAGACAGUUAUCAAUAGUCUCUCACAAAGACUCAAUAUAUUGCCUUAUCGUUUCAAAUUAUUCACAUUGGUUUCACGCGUUGAACUGGCAGAAAAUCAUCGUCUAUUAUCUUCAUAUGAUCUUGAAGCAGGUCAAAUUAUUGAAGUAGUUAUUAGCCCGCCCGUAAAACGCAAAGUUCAGAUUAUUCUUUCUUCAGGAAAGAUAUUGGAGCCAGAUCUAGUCGUGGAACACCGCAUCAGUGCAUUGAAAAAUAUCAUAAGAGACCGUGAAGGUAUUGAGACUCACAACCAAGUGGUUCUCAAAGAAGGUAACGAACUACCUGAUGAUGCACUUAUUUUCGACUGUCUUCAGGAUUGGAAUGGAUCAUUGAACGUUAAAAUCGUGCUGAGUGGCCCCCUAGCUCUCGAUCCAUCGGUACUUGCUCCUGAGUUUGAUUUUGAUUUUACAGAUAUAAAUGAUUGCGGACAAGUAUUCACUCGGGGCGAUCAUGUCUAUGAACGACCUUCUGGCUGCAUGCGAAUCGCUCUCAAUGUUGCUGGAAAAUAUGGAACUGACAGUAGAUGGCUUGGAAUGACCGGUACAGAUCCAGAAGAAUGGCCUGUGUCUUACCAUGGAACGGCUCAAAUGAACGCAAUGAGUAUCGCCGACGAGGGUUUCAAACUUAGUAAAUGUGAUCGAUUCGCAUUUGGAAGGGGUAUCUAUUCAACACCGCAACUUCAUGUAGCCAAGGAUUAUGCAUCGGAGUUUGAAUAUCAAGGUAACAAGUAUUUUGCUCUCCUGCAAAAUCGUGUCAAUCCAAAAUAUCUCACAAUUAUUGACAAGCAGGAAACACUUCAUGGUGAAUAUUGGGUUAGCAGCAAAGAUAAAGCUGGUGGAAGCGACGAUGAUAUAAAGGAUCUCAUUCGGCCGUAUGCUAUUUGCAUUUUUAAAUAUCAAUCGAGAUAA